GGAGCAGCUGGUGGUGCAGAAGCUAGGCCAUUUAUUACAUAUCAUAAUUCUCUUGGAAGGGAUCUCUAUUUGAGAAUUGCAACAGAGCUUCAUUUGAAGAGAAUGCUGGUUGGGGGAUUUGAAAAAGUUUAUGAAAUUGGCCGUAUAUUCCGCAAUGAAGGCAUUUCAACUCGACAUAAUCCUGAAUUCACCACCAUAGAGAUGUAUGAAGCAUACUCUGACUAUGAAAGCAUGAUGAAUAUGACAGAAGAAAUGGUGACACGAUGUGCCCUUGCAGUUAAUGGGAAACUUAUAAUUGAUUAUCAGGGUGUGGAGAUCUGCUUGGAAAGACCUUGGAGGAGGGAGACAAUGCAUAAUCUUGUGAGAGAAGCUACCGGGAUUGAUUUUAAUAACUUUGGUGAUGAUCUUAAAGCUGCUAAAGAACAUACUCGUAAAGCGAUUGCUAUUCUUGGUGAUGAUCUGGAUAAGGGUUCAAUUGAAGCAUGCUCUUCUGUUGGCCAUUUGCUUAAUGAGGUCUUUGAGAUGAUAGUAGAACCAAAGCUUCUACAACCGACUUUUGUCUUGGACUAUCCUAUUGAAAUAUCUCCACUGGCCAAACCACAUAGAAGGCACUCAGGCUUAACUGAGAGAUUCGAGCUAUUCAUUUGUGGUCGCGAGCUAGCGAAUGCCUUCUCAGAAUUAACUGAUCCUGUGGACCAGAGAAGACGCUUGGAAGAGCAAGUGAAGCAACAUAAUGAGAAGAAAGCGGCAUCAGGUUUAAAUAAGGCUGGUUCAGAGGGACAAGAGAACAAAGAUGAUAAUGAUGACUCGUAUGAAGUAACUCUUGACGAAGACUUCCUCACAGCUUUGGAAUAUGGAAUGCCUCCAGCUUCUGGAAUGGGACUUGGCAUUGACAGGCUAGUAAUGCUUCUGACAAACUCAGCAAGCAUCCGCGAUGUUAUUGCUUUCCCAGUCCUCAAGAUUCAACAAUAGCUUCAUGAAGAGUGGUUGAGUUGCUUAUUACACAAAAUUCGCCAAUUUUGAGCCAGGAUUGUUGCCUUUUCCUGAGAAAGUGAGUUUGAGCAAAAACGUCGAUAAUAAUUUAUUUUUUAUCGUGAAAGAUAUAAGUAUUCUUGACAUCAUUUAGAAACAAAGUUGGGGUUCUCAGCUUUCUUCAUGUCUAAUAGUUAGGGUUUUUUAUGUUUCCUCAAAGUUUUGCCCCCUUUAAGAUCCUUACUGUUCUAAUAACAGGACAUUGUCGUUUGUAAUCUACCUAAAAGGUUUGGUCAACUGUAACUUGAUAAGUGUAAGCACAAUUCAUUUUGUGGUUUUAUUUGUCA